AUGUGGCAUCCCCAUUUUGUGUUGAGAGACCAGCUGCUGGAUUUCUUCUGGCUGGCCAGCUCCAUUUUAACCACCGUGGACACGCCCGGCCAGGCCAACUACCUCACCAUGGGGACGUUCCUUGAGGCAUUCUACCAAUACCAAUAUUCCCUUAGAUUGCCAGCCUUGGUGCUGAACAUCUGCCCCAUUAAGGGGGUUGGGUUGGUCGCCAAGAACCUGCACGCCAAAAAGAACAUGAAGGCGCAAGGGAUCUACACCUUGCGGGAGCCCACCCCUCCACGGCCAUGGGUGAACCAAUCUCAAGUCGUGAUGGGACUGCGCUCUGAUCAGGACCUGGGCGACCCGCACAACCGGGCCAGCUGGCGCCACAAUCGUCGCAUGGGGCUUUACCACAAUCGGCGGGCGCGGGAGUCGGAGAGCGCCAGAGACGGCAAAAACGGCGCCAAGGCGAGCGCCCUGCAGGCCUUCCUGGAACGUGUGCGCGAGAUGGGGGAUGAGGGCCUCUUACGCGGGGAGGGGGUUGAUUUUCUCACCGUCGAAGUGGGCAAGACGAUUUACGACUUGAUGGUCAAACCAGAUGAUGAGGUUGAGAUUGGCCGGACGCUGGCGCAGAUCGGGCUCGAUUCGCUGAUGGUGAUUGAGUUGCGGCGAUGGAUCAAGCAGGUGUUGGGACUCACGAUGAGCGUGUUGGAGAUCAUGGGCUCUGGAUCGCUGAAACAGUUGGCCGGGGAUCUGGCAGCCAAGUAUGCCGAGAAGAUCCGGGAGUGA